AGACAACUUUAAUCCUCGUCCUGAGCUUAAACCCUAAACCCUGUGUCGUGUCCCCUGAUUCCUUUGACCGAAGCAAGCAGCAAUGUGGGGGUGGAUGAUAUGGCAACGGCGAAAGCCCUCGCCGGAGCUCUUAUCUUUGUGCAACAGCCUCAGAACCGCUGUUCGCAACAUGGGUGGCGGUCCUCGAACGUUUCCCGGCGGCGUAAGCAAGUGGAAAUGGAAGCGCAUGCACGAGAAGCGCGCCAGAGACAAAGAGAGAAGACUCCUCGAACAAGAGAAGCAUCUCUACCACGCUCGCAUCCGCUCAGAAAUCCGCUCCUCCAUCGCCCCCUCUUCUUCCUCUUCCUCCGCCACCCACCAGCCUGUUUCCCCCACCCAACAUGUCAAAGCCCUCGCCGAUCGUUUCAUGAAAGAAGGCGCACUAGACCUCUGGAACCACCAGGAUGGUCCCUUAACCCAAACCCAAGCUCAAAUCCAAACCCAACCCCAACCCCAACCCCAGAACCUAGCACCAGUUGAUUUGCGCAAACUCAUACCCCAACAUUCGAAUCAGAAUUUGGCGAGUUUUUCGCAGGCUAGGGAAUACCGGGCUGUUCCUGAGGUUAGAAAUUCGGAUGCCAGCGCGGGCAAGCGUAGAAUUUGGAGGAGGGACCCUAGUGAUAGUUCUUGUAGUGAGGGUGAGGGUGAAAUGGAAUCGAAGAGUCACGGUUCGAAGAUGGGUGGGGUUAGUAUUGCUUCUUUGGGGAAGUAUGAUGUGAAGAAGGAGAGGAGGGUGAUGCCGAAGUCAUAUGAUGAGGGAAGUGAUUUUUCAGAGCAGGUUGAGCUGAUCAAGUAUGAAAUUAAUAAGAGGAAGUUGAGCCAGAAUGAGGGUCAGGAACAACAAGACGACAUUCUAACUCAGAAAAGAUUUGAUGAGAGUGGUAUAUCGCCAUUGACUAUCAAGGCACUUUCUUCGGCUGGUUAUAUUCAUAUGACUCGGGUACAAGAGGCUAGCCUCCCUGUUUGCCUUCAGGGUAUAGAUGUUUUGGUCAAAGCUAAAACUGGCACUGGAAAAAGUGCUGCUUUUUUGCUUCCUGCUAUUGAAACAGUUCUGAAAGCUAUGAGUACCAAUACCUCUCAACGUGUGUCUCCGAUACUUGUUCUUAUUCUCUGCCCUACCAGAGAACUUGCUAGUCAAAUUGCUGCCGAAGCAAAGGUUUUGCUGAAACAUCAUGAAGGUAUUGGGGUGCAGAGUCUUGUUGGAGGUGUACGAUUUAAGCUUGACCAAAAACGCCUUGAUUCAGAUCCAUGCCAGAUUCUUGUUGCUACACCUGGAAGGUUGCUGGACCAUGUUGAGAAUAAAUCGGGAAUAUCUGUACGAUUAAUGGGCUUGCAGAUGCUCGUACUUGAUGAGGCUGAUCAUUUAUUGGACCUGGGAUUUCGAAAGGAUAUAGAAAAAAUUGUUGAUUGUUUGCCCCGUCAAAGGCAAUCCAUGCUGUUUUCUGCAACCAUCCCAAAGGAGGUCCGUCGGAUAUCUCAACUUGUUUUAAAAAGGGAACACCAAUAUAUUGAUACAGUUGGAAUGGGUUCUGUGGAAACUCCAGUUCAGAUAAAACAAUCUUUUCUUAUCGCUCCACAUGAAUCACAUUUUCAAAUAGUACACCAUAUUCUGAAGGAGCAUAUUUUGCAAACACCUGAUUAUAAGGUUAUUGUUUUUUGUACAUGUGGGAUGGUGACAUCUCUCAUGUAUCAAGUUCUUCGGGAAAUGAAAUUGAAAGUUAAGGAGAUACAUUCUCGAAAACCUCAGCUCUACCGUACUCGCGUUUCAGAUGAAUUUAAGGAAUCCAAACAAUUGAUUCUUGUCUCAUCUGAUGUUUCAUCACGUGGAAUGAAUUAUCCUGAUGUUACUUUAGUCUUGCAGGUGGGAAUUCCUCCAGACCGUGAACAAUACAUACACCGUCUUGGAAGAACAGGGCGGGAAGGCAAAGAAGGGGAAGGCAUAUUGUUGAUUGCUCCAUGGGAAGAAUAUUUUUUAGAUGAAAUCAAGGAUCUCCCUCUAAAGAAAAUCCCCUUACCAGAUAUAGAUCCACAGGCAAAGCUCAAGAUUGAGCAUUCAAUGGAAAAGAUUGAUGAUGAUAUUAAAGAAGCAGCAUAUCAUGGUUGGCUUGGUUAUUAUAACUCCAUCAGGGAAAUCGGGAGGGAGAAGACAACUAUUGCUGACCUGGCGAACCGAUUUUCAGAAUCAAUUGGUUUACAGAGACCUCCUGCUCUCUUCCGAAAAACUGCACUUAAAAUGGGUUUGAAGGACAUUCCUGGCAUUAGAAUUCGUAGAUAGCUUGGAAUCUGGUAUAGAUGAUUUUGUGCAAAAACCACGUGUAAGGACCUCAACAUACUGAGUUUUGAAUCAGGACUCUACAGUCUACAUGGUUGAGUUCAUUAUUAUUCAAUUGUUAGUACUAUAACCUUGUUCUGAAUCGUGGCAAGUAAUGUGCAGCACCUAGGAAACAUCAGAAUUGUCAUUUAUAUGACUGACUUAUUAAAGAAAGGGAAAAGAAAGAAAAGAAGAGUAAAUAUGUAUUUAUCAUUUAUGUUUGCUGGAAAUCAGAAUGCAUACCCUUAGCUGCGAAUGAUUAUAAAUGUUAGUUGGUUGAGACCUUCAAAAUAAUUUAGUGACUAUAUAUUAUUAAUGACAAUAUUAAUUUUGUUUA